AUGGAUGUCCAGCACCUUAGCGCAACUGCUGCUGCUGACGUGUAUCUGCAGCGUCUGCACAGUGACACGUGGCACACGGAAGCAGCUGAACAUGGCGGCAGCAGCUUCACCCGCCCGCCUGCAGCUCCACCUGCUGGCCUGCAGCAGCAGCUACGCGGCUCACGAGGUGGUGGCGGACAGCAGCCGCGGCUGGUGGUGCUGGAGCUGCAACAGCAGUGCCUGACGACCGGCAGCAGCACCAACAGCACCUGGCGGCCUGCAGCUCCCCGUGACGCCCUGCAGUUCCCCCUGACGGAUGAAGCACCAGCGGCCGGCAUAAGGGAGCAGCUGCUGCUGGCGGACAGCAGCAGCCGGCGGCCUGCACCAACAGCAGCGGCUGCCCAUGGUAACAGCUGA